UUGUGGAGCUAAAUUGAAAAAACCCGGCAGUUUAGGAAUAUCAAAGCGGAAUAAAAAAGUGACUUUUGAAUUGAUGGCCAAGGACACGGAGCUCGAAAUGAUUUGCCGAAAUAGUCCACCCGUUCCACAGAGCCAUGAAGAUCCCUUUCCGCAACGAAAAAAUAAAAUUGUAUACCAUCCAACAGUGAAACAGUGGAUGUCUUUAUUGUCAGGCGCACUAAUUUUCAUUCCCGGCGGCAUGAGCAUGGCCUUCGGACUCGGCUGGAAUCUGCACACGCACAUACAGACCACGAUGCAAUUGCGUUACUCCUGGUUCGUGGGCUUCAUAAUUGGAGCCCUGCUGGCAGCGCCGCUCAUAAAAAGCGUGCCGAAGCGCCUCUUUGUGUUGCUUGGCGCCUUUCUGGUCAUCAUUGGCGGCAUCAUCUUCACCAGCGUGCCGUACAACUACAGCGCCGUACUGGCAGCGCGCUACAUCAACGGCAUCGCGAUCGGCAGCACGACGCUGGCAUUUCUGGUGCACGCCAGCGAAAUAGCGGCCACCGAGAACCGCGGCUUCUGCUUGUGGCUGGAGCAGAACAGCAUGACGAUCGGCAUUGUCAUACAAGUCGUCUACACAUCACAAUGGACGUCGCAGGUGUACUUCGCCGCCGAUCGCUUGCACGGCAUAUUCGCUAUCAUUUUCGGCGUACUCGCCAUUUGCUUGGCGCACUUCAUUGUGGAGUCGCCGAUCUUCUUCAUACGACAAUGUGAUGAUGCGCGUGCGCUCAAUUGCUUGCGACAGCUGCAGCGGCCCGAGUAUGCCGCACCGCAGACACUGCAAGUGUUGUUGCAUCAGCUGAAGACCUAUGUGGUGGAGACGGAGACGGUGGAGUGGCGCGAUACGCUGGUGCAUAGUCCGUUGCUGCGUUUACUGCUCUAUCGCAGCAUGGUCGCCUUCGGCUUCUCGCUGCCCAUGAACGAGGCGAUGAAGGUGGCCAAUUUGGUGGUGUUGCGCGAUUAUGAAUGGCAGCCCAUAGUGUUUGUCAUACUACGCGUGGGCGGCACCUUCUCAUCGCUGUAUAUGUUCGAUGUGACCGGCAGAAAGUUGGUGUCGUUGGUGGCGCUGCUACUCACCGCGGUGCUUUCAAUCGCUAUUGGUUGCGAGUAUGUGGAUGAGUUGAGCGUGGUGAGCGAAUACCAUAUGUCGGUUAUCUGUGUGCUUUCGCAACUCUUUCAGUUCUUUGCGGGUCUGUAUGCGCCCAGUUCGGCAGUAUAUUUGUGCGAAGCGUUUCCGAUGUCAGUUAAGCCGUACUUCAUAGCGGCCUGUCUGACGUUGCAGCAAGUGAUACAUAUUAUAGUCAUUUGCACCUUCCACUUCAACACCUACUCGAUGUAUGUGUAUGCGCUGUUUGUGGGCAUAUUGAUGUUGAUCCUGUUUGUGGUCUUCGCUGUGACCAUGCCGGAGACGCGCAAGACGACGUUGGGCGAGGCGCAGUUACGCUUUAGAAAACUCUUGCAUUUGAAGUGCUGUUAAACACGAAGAGUGGCUCAAUAUAUAGAAUAAAACGUUUAUGGGACGAACUAAGAAGCUCUUCGUAAUAUAUACGAAGACGCCUUCAUAAGCUCGCAGACUAUGGAGUUCAAGGAUGUAAAUAAACAUUUAACAUAGAAUAUAAACGGAACUAUAAUAAUGAUCUUAUGAGGCUGUUCGACUAAUUUAAUGAUGCUAAAUCGAUCUGGAAGAAAUUUUGUGAAGUACGAACAUUUUAAAAACUAUUUCUUUUCUACAAUCAACCAACUUCCAAUGCAUUUUUUUUCAUGAUAAACUUCUUUAUUACGGCUUGAUUGUUAGAUUGAUCAAACCGCGUGUGAUCUUCGCAUAAUCGCCUUUCUAUUUAUUAAAGGACUCUGUUGAUCGUAAACCAUGGCUUUACCCGAACAAGAGUCAGAAGCAGUCAUGUAUAGAAAUGUAUAACAGAAUUAUUAACAGAUUUUAGGCGCUUGGAGUGCUACAUUAAGUGUAUUAAGUAAUUUUGACCACGUUUGAUAUAGUACUCUUCCCGACACCCUUGUCCUAUUGUCCUAAACGCCGUAAAUGUUGAUAUUAAUACUGAUGAUGCGUUAAUAAACUCAUAUUUACUCUUAUUGACAAAUCAAAUUUAUUUUUUUGCGAGCUUAAAAGUGUACCCUAGUAAUGAAAAAAACAGUUAUUUUCAGUAAAAUUUAGUUCAACAGCAAUCUGUAAUAUUUCUUUGAAUUGCUGUUAACUGCUUAUGUAACAACCAAUUUAACUGAGUUUGAGAGCUAACAGUCAUUUUUCUAGCUUAUAACUUACGAGUGUAAUUCGAUCAGAUAACCACCGCCCACAGAGUGGAACUACUUUAACAUUGAGCAUUUCUUUGGAUUAUUAUAUGACAAAGGCCAAACGUUUAGUGCAGUUUCAUUACUUAAUUUACUUAUUUUCGGUUUCUGUUUAU